AUGGUUCCUUACUCCGAGGUGCUCAAGUUCAAGUCGUUCAAGGACCCGAAGGCUGGACAGGCUGCUGGCCAGGCUCCUCCGCCUACUGCUGGCGACGCUGCUGCUGGUGAUGAUGAGCAGUCGCAGCGUGGAGCGCGAAUCGACUCCCUUGAGAAGGCACUCCGACAGCUUGGCGACAUCGCCGACGAUGAUCCAGCCAAGCAGUGCUUCGAGUCUCAACUUCGAGACGCUCGCAAGGCACAGAGAGAUGCCAAACCAGUGUUGCAGCAGCACACCAAUGUGGCCUUCCGCUUGCAGACUGCGCAGAAGAAGCAGUCCAAGGCUGGCGAGGCUGUCGCUGCCCAGCAGAAACUCAUCGAGGAAACCCAACGUUCGCUCCAUGAGCUUCAGGAGAAGGAGGAGGCCACCAAGCGAGAGGUGGCGGCCUUGCAGGAGGAGCUGCGUCGCACCAUGCCGCCUGAUGCAGCACGCCCACCUGCCGAGGUCAAUUUCGAGCUGCCCCCAGAGGUCCUGGAGGCAGAGGGCAAUGCUGACGUUAAGGAGCUCAUGUCCAACCCCAUCUUCGCCAAGUACCAGCAGCUGUUCAAGGCGUCGCGGCAGGGGCAGCAGCAGGACAGCAAGGUGCUGCAGGUGGAGCUGCUGAUGCACCAAUGCCGCAGGCGCCAGAGUAGGAAGGACAGCGGCGUCUUCCUGACGCCCCCUUUCUUCGUGGCCUUCCUGUCGCUGCUUCAGGUCAUGCCGUUCCUCAGCAUAAGGGGCAUCGACAGCAGGCUGAAGCUCCAGGACCACAAUUCUUCGAAAGCCCUGAAAGGAUCGGCUAAGCUCAUGCACAAGAUCACUCGUUUGCAGAAGGUGUGGUGCCCGACGGUGGUUGAGAAAGCGUCGGGCGUCUUUUCUAGCAGCCCAGAGGCUGUGCUCAACGCGGAGGUCGAGGUCGAGGAAGCGAGGUCCCAGGCUUGUGACCCUGAUCUCGUCCAGGAAGCUGUGCAGGCAGGGGCCCUGGUCCGCGUCCUCGUGCACGUCCACCUGCCGCAUGGCGCCGCCGCCAACCCCGACCCCCCCGCCGACGUGAUGCUCACGGGCGAGAUACAAGCGGGGGAGCGCUACGCCUUCAGCGUGUACGCCCGGAACCCGGACUCCUUCAGCCCUGGCCCGAUGAAUGGCUGGAUGAUCUACACGCUCAGCAGCGAGGGCUACCUCGUCGACGGCAGCGUCGGGACGCUGACGUUCGUCGACCCGCACACCGAGAGCAUGGAUUGGGGUGGCAGCGCGACGGAAAGCUUCAGCAUGUACCGCACGGCGCUCAACACGGCGGUUAGAACCUGUGCGGCCGUCAGCAUCUCCAACAUGCUCCCUUACAGCAUCUCGAACCUGCCCGCGGUAGUGACCGUCUCGCCGCUGUGCGUGCCGGAGUCGGUGGAGACGACGCUUCGCAUCAUCGCCCCGCACGGCUUCGUGUGGGAUGCCAGCGGCGGCGACUUCUCUGGCCUGCCAGGAGGAGUUCCGCACAUGGACGGCAACGUGCUGCUGUGGCCCACGCCCGCGCUGUACCAGUCCAGAGCGACGACCACGUACUCCUUCGAUGCGACGAUCAGGGUGCCCGACAAGUUCCCGACCAGCACCGUGAACGAUUUCAUUUUCGAAUUCGGCUACAACUCGACCACCCUGGAGGGCCGCGUGUCCGCCGCCUCGGUGGCGGCGCCGCCGGUGCGGGCGCUGCGGAACGCCGCGCUGGACUACGAGAGCAACCUGGCGGAGGAGGACACCGUGCUCAUCUUCCAGAUCCAGACCACCACAGACAUUCCUGCGGGUGGGCGCCUGACCAUCACCGGGCCCGAGGGGUUCGAGUUCGACAAGGUCUGCAGGCCGGAGGCGGCGCCGAGUGCCAGGGGCAGCCCAUACGACGUGAACCCCUUGGCCGGCUUCCUGACGUUUCCGCCAGACGUCGCGUGUUCGUGGUCGACCACAGCAGGCGACGCGCUCCAAGGGAUCGCCGCCACCUCCGUGGUCACGGUGACAGCCGGGAGCCAGGGCAUCCGCGCUGGGCUCUACCGCUUCCAGCUCCAGGCCACGAACCCGCCCGCCACCAUCCCGCCGCAGGCGGACCCGAGCUCGGACUGCGGGUACGCGUGCUGCUGGAACUUCGGCACGACGGUCGCGCAGGGGGCGAUACUCGACGCCCCGCAGUCGAUCCCAUGCUUCGGGGUCAACGGGCGCAUGAGCGGCGGCGGCAUGCCCGCGCUGACGGACGUGCAGGCCCGGGACACCGCCCGCGACGACAGGCCCAUGAUGUACAACCCGAUCGUCUUCGUGGUCGCGCUGUCCCAGGACGCGAAGUACGACGGGACCAUGAGGACCUGGCCCGAAGAGUUGGAGCGGACGGCCCUCCGAUCUUUGGCCUGGCGACAGCUCUGGGUGUCCAUGAAGAUGCCCUCGGGUGCGGGGGUCUGA